CCACAGAUUCAACCUCCUCUUCACCUCUGGAUCCCAUCAAUCCGACACUCAUUUGUGAUAAUCAACGCUGCACACAAGCUCGCAUAUAGACGAAGGGAUCAGUGACCCCCUGUGUACCAUUAUCCGACACCGAUAGAUGCGUUCUGUUGCACCCGAAUAGAGAAGGGAAACAAAGCUUGUUAAAACACCUCUCCCCUCGACUCGAUCCAAUCUCGAUUUCUCAUUCACAAUGAAGAUUUUCUCAUCAUCAUACACAUUCGACUACUCCUGGGAAGAAGUCACUACCAACAACUGGCGAAAAUACUGCCCGUGGAACGAUAAAGCUUCCCACGUACUGGCAGUCGAUACCCUCUCCCGCCACAUCGAUGCCGAGACCGGGAUCCUUCGCACCGAACGCCUCAUAACUUGCCGGCAAAACGCACCACAAUGGAUCUUGACGAUUAUGGGUGGUGAAACCACAAGCCAUGUCUACGAAGUGUCCUACGUGGACCCGGCCGCGAAGAAAGUGACUAUGUGUAGUACCAAUAUGACGUGGUCGAAUUUGCUGGAAUGCCGUGAGACUGUGGUAUACCAGCCCUGCUCGGGCAAUGAGAAGGGUAAGACGGAAUUCAAGCAAGAAGCGAGAAUCGUGGCCAUGUGUGGUGGGUGGCAGAGGAUCCGCACCAAGAUUGAGGAAGCGAGCGUGGAGAGGUUCCGAGAGAACGCUGCUCGGGGACGAGAAGGGUUCGAGAUGGUGCUGGAGAUGUCGCGAAGGUUGUUCGCGGAAGAGAAGGAGAAGUUGCAGACGACGGGACAGCCUCUUGCUGUAUAAGAAUGGGCUUAUCAGCUGGGCGAGUGUCCUCCGCCUUUUUCUCGUUUCACCUGUCGACUGUCUCUCCUCUCGACUCCGAUUACGAUUUCACAGAUUUCACGAACAUCGAUUCAGCGACACGCAUAGACGAGCAUUAUUCUUGGGUGUUUUGGCGGCCAACAUACGGACGUGUGGACUUACCAGUCCGGGGUAGGCAGGAGUUGGCCUGUUUUCAAAUGUGCUUUCAGCGUGGUGUUACGGGGUCAAGGCCAUUUUCCCUGAUGGUCAUGUUCUGAUACUGGCAUCCCAGAGGACAAUUCUGUGAUGAAACCUCUCAACAUCAAAAGCACUAGAUGAAUAGACGAAGAUAUCAUAGACAUGAAAUAUCCACAUCAAUAUCUGUCUGCCUUGUCCAAGAC